UAACACUGUGUCAAAACGAUUACUAUUUACUGCAAAACUGCAAUUAUUUUUGUUUUCUGUGAGUGUGAUGUGAUGAUUUUAUUUUGUUGAUUAAUGAUUUUGGGCCAUAUGAAUUUUUGGUGAUUUACUGAUUUCAUCAAAUGAAAUUGUAGAUAUCCCUUUAUAAUGCCUCACAGUCAUUGCCAUGAUCACGAUCAUGACCAUGUCAACGUCGAUGAGUUGGGCCUACAAUAUAAUCUAUUUCAAAAAAUAGAUAAGGAUAAUUUGCAAUGUCUGAACGAAAGUGAAGAUGGUGCUGGGAAAACUGUAUUUAAGGCUUGGGACCAAAGAUUAGACAGAAUUCAGUAUGUCGAGAGUGAUGCUGACGAAGAGUUACUAUUCAAUAUUCCUUUUACUGGUAAUGUAAAACUAAAAGGGAUCAGAAUAGCUUCAGAGGAUACAGAUUCACACCCAGCUAAGUUAAGAUUAUUCAAAAACAAACCAAACAUGACAUUUGAUAAUGUUUCCAUGGCACCAGAUCAAGAAUUUGAGCUUCAGAAAGAUACAGACGGAGUCCUCGAGUACAAUCCAAAAAUUGUCACUUUCUCUUCAGUUACACAUUUAACUAUGCAUUUUCCGAGUAACUUCGGAGCUGAAAGUACCAAAAUAUAUUAUAUUGGACUCAAGGGUGAAUGGACACCUGGGCACAACCAUGGAGUUACUAUUUGUACAUAUGAAUCAAGACCCAUGCUUGAAGAUCAUAAAUUAAAACAUUUAGACUCAGUACACAAAUCUAUAGACUGAAGACGAAUAAUCUUAAUAAAUAUUAAUAAAAAACGUUGUAG